AAUGAUCUUAGACUCUCUCGACACUUCAGUCGACCCAUGCAAAGAUUUUUACUCUUUCGCCUGCGGGGGAUGGUUAAAUAAGACCAAGAUACCAAAGACGAAAUCCUCGUACGGAAGCUUCAAUUCAAUCAACGACAAGUUGCUGAAAACGUUGAAAGGCAUACUCGAAAGUAUACCCUAUCGCAAACAUCAACGUCAAAACGUCGCACACAAGGCUGCCAUAGCCUACCACACCUGCAAAGCUGUCACUAAAUCCUGUGACCGGGUCGAUGUCGUGUAUGACAUCAUGAACGCCUCUGCACUCGGUGACUGGCCCAUAACAAAGGAGAGCAUCAGCGACAUAAAGAGGCUGACCAACUGCUCCGAUCUCCUACUCAGGACUGGAUUCGGCCCAAUCCUGCGUUACGACAUUGGCCGAGAUAGCAAGAACCUCACGAAUUUCGUGAUUCAGAUUGACCAGAUGACUUUUCCAGUUGUAGGGCGAAAUCAGCUUAUCCAUCCAAACAAGACGGAGAACAAAAAAGUCAUGAAAGCUUACAAGCACCUCAUUGAAGCCGCCCUAGGAUUCAUGACAUUUAGCAUCAGUAAAUCAGAAAAAUCAAAAAUUGCGAGCCAACUGAUUGCUUUCGAAGGACAACUCGCGAACCUAACAGACCCACCUGAUAAAAGAAGAGAUUUCCUUUCUCUGUAUCGUAGGACAACAAUAACUGCGCUCCAACAUAACUUCUCGACUUUUCCCCUUUUAGAUCUCCUCAACUGGGAGUUCUCCAAGGCUGACAUAAUGCUCACCGAAGACGAGACAGUAGAACUGUACGCCAUGGACUACUACAAAAAGCUGGUCGGCUUUCUGGAGAGUACGAAUCCAGUACUGCUGUUCAACUAUAUAGGUCUUCGUAUCAUGUUGCUGUGGGCACCCCACGCUUCCCGCGAUAUUCGGGAUGCCCUAUUCGGUGUCAAGAAAGCAACAUCAGGGAUACAGGAGCUACCUCCCAGGUGGAAAGAGUGCACCAAUCUCAUCAACGAUGCGAUGAUGGAGGUUACAGGUUACUUAUACGUAAAAGAGAAGUUCAGUCCUGAAGCAAAAACCGAGGUUGAAGAUCUGGUCAAAAGACUUAAAGAGGUUUUCAAAUCAUCACUCGAAGAGAACCGCUGGAUGGACAAAGAGACUAAACAAAAGGCUUUGCUCAAGGUUCCCCAGCUGGACCCUACCCACGCGUUCUUGAAAAUAUGGCAUUACAUCGCAGUGAACAACGGAAGAAAAAAGCUAGAGAAAUUGCGCGAGCCUUACAACAAGGAUUUGGAGUGGAUAGUCGGAGCAGCGGUUGUGAACGCGUUCUACGACCCGGCCACGAAUGAAAUGGUGUACCCAACAGGUAUUCUCCAAGGAGUAUUCUACCAGCACGGACUUCCACGAUCCAUCAACUUCGGGGCCAUCGGCACAGUGGUUGGGCACGAAAUGACCCACGGCUUCGAUGACACAGGAAGCCAGUUUGACGCAAACGGGAGGUUGGAACAGUGGUGGACGAAUGAAACUCGAACCAAGUUUGACCAAAAGGCACUGUGCUUCAAGCGUCAGUAUGGGAGCAUCAGUGUCGCGAGUCUGAACCUUACGCUAAACGGGAACAAUACAGUAGGAGAAAAUAUAGCCGACAACGGGGGCAUCAGGACUGCUUUCAAGGCUUACGACAAUCUGCUCAAAGAACAGCAUCAUGAGGACACACGUCUAGAGGGCUUGGAAAACGUGUCUGGAAAGCAGUUGUUCUUCAUAUCGAAUGCAAUGGUGUGGUGCAACAAGGCUCGCGAAGGAUAUCUACGAGAGCUUAUACAGUACGACCCACACUCACCAAACCAAUACAGGAUCAAUAUUCCAAUGGGAAACAUGGAAGCGUUUUCCAGGGUAUUUAAAUGUUCUGAGAAGUCCAAAAUGUACCGCCAAAAAAGGACCGUUGCAUGCUAUGGUGACCACGAGACUAUCAGCGUAGAAUGCGACAGCCGAACACCAAAGAUAUUCACCUUCUUCUUCGUCUUCAAGAGCAGUCCCGAGCGCGUGGCGCACAUCAGCCGGGUCCAGCUGGGUGCUCGGGCCAUCAUCGUCGUCUCUGCGCAACACUAG